AUGGUGAAUCGACGAGCUAGCGACGCAGCUCCUCCACCUCAAACGCCUAUUGCGCCCGUCGCAAAGCGGAAACGACGUGCUUCCUGUCUGGGAGAACAGGAGCGACGCGAGAGGAAAAGAGCCAUCGACCGCGAAGCCCAACGCUCACUGCGAGAAAAGACAAAGACGCACAUUGCAGAGCUGGAGCGAACGAUCCAGAUACUCCGAGAUCAAGAUCGUAAUGGAGCGACCGCAAGUUUACUGUCUGAAAUUGAUGGCUUAAGGGCGGAGAAUGAACGAUUGAAAGAUGUAAUUGAUAGUGUCAAAAGCGUGGUAGGACUCGACUUUGGCGUGUCUAGUAAGGCUACCGCGACGGCGGUGCCACGACCACAACAGGCCGACGAUGGGGGCGAUGGGGGCGAUGGGGGCAUCUCUCCUGCUGCAACCAGUGCCGGCCAGCGAUCGCCUAAGCCGCGCGCCAUGUCGCAUGGCAGUGCGACGAGACCAUCUCUACCAACACCCGUCGAUCAAUCGAGUUCUUUUGUUCCAUCUAGGAUAAACCGCCCACUCGAUCUCGAUGGCAUGACGGUCAUGUCAGACGUGCACGUGCCCGUGGCGUUGGCAAACCAACAUGAACAUCUCGAGAUGGAGCACGAUCUCCAGCCUGUCCGAGAAAGCUCAGAGGAAGGGGAGGUGGAGGACUUACCCUGGGGUAAUGCACCAGCAACAGCAACCUGGGCGCCCAUGAUGGAAGAAAUCUUUGGCCCAAACUGGCGUUAUCCAUCCCCAACUAUCCUCCACAUCGGCAAUCCAGACACCCCAGCCACCUCAACCCCUUCCUCCGUCUGUCCCGUCUGGAAAAAGAGCAACGAACUCUUCGGCAAAGUCUUCACUUACCAUCAUCUGCGGUCCGAGACUGCAGAAGCAGGACUUCUCUACCUAGGCAUAAAACAUGGUUGGGACAACUCAUCAUCACCAGAAUGGACGAAGAGUCCCGCGCUCACGAUUUUGAAACAGGUUGACGAGUUACUAUUUGUGCAUCUACCCAAUGUGGAGAGGUUGGCUGUGGCAUAUAAGAGUCUCAAGCUGCUCAAGUAUUAUCUCAACGCAACAAAAGAAGAAUUAGACAAAGUACCAGACUGGCUUCGUCCAAGUUUCUCACAAUCCUCAACCUCCCACCCCAUAGCCCUCGACUUCUUCGCCUGGCCUACCAUUCGCUCCCGCCUACUCAACCAUCACGCCACACUCUUCCAAACCAGCGCAGGUGCCGACCUCUCAAGCUGCUACUCGCGCUUCCUGCGCUUCGACUGGCCGUUUUCCUUUGAAGACGCCUUCUUCCUCGACGAGAAUACCGGCAUGCAUUACCCCAGUCCGCUGUUUGAGCAUUAUCACGGGGAUCUAAAGUACUGGUCGGUAGACGAACAGUUUUUCGAUACGUUUCCGGAGAUGAGGGGGGAUAUUGAAGGGGAUAAGGAGUGGGGGAGGAAGGCUCGUUAA